AUGGUUACGCCCAAAAAGCCGUCGGCCGCUGAGCUUAGGCGGAGGCUUACCUCCCUUCACUCUUGGGAACUUCCCAAGCAGGCUGGAGCGCUGGCCCCGUCGCACGUAUGGACGAACCACGAUAUGGAUCCGACACCCGUCGAGGAUCAGACGUGGGACACGUGGACGAUUCUGGCCUACUGGGCUACCGAUACUAUCAACCUUGCUACGUGGCAGACGGCCUCUGCGAUCCUCGCCGUGGGCUUGAGUUGGCGCGAGGCCAUUCCCGUCAUGAUAGUAGGGACGUUUUGCGUCGCCGUGCCUCUUGUGCUUAACGGCGCCAUCGGCGCGAAACUUCACAUCCCCUUCUCCGUGAUCGCUACGAGCAGUUUUGGGUACUAUCUAAGAUACUUCUGCAUCGUCAGCCGGGCCAUUCUGGCCAUGUUUUGGCUGGGUAUACAGGGCGCGAACGGGGCUCAGUGCGUCACGAUUAUGCUGCGCGCGUGGGCGCCGUCGUAUAACGACAUUCCGAAUCGGCUGUCCCAAUCUGCCGGCAUCACGACUCAGGGGAUGCUCUCCUACUUUCUCUUCUGGAUAGUUCAGCUGCCGCUGCUCCUAAUUCAUCCUACCAAGCUGCGUCCGCUGUUUUGGGUUAAGCUGUUCGCCGCCCCGGUGGCCGCCAUCGCUACGAUGGGGUGGUGUAUAAAAAAGGCUGGAGGGGGCGGUGAUAUCUUCGCCUUGCGAGCAACGGCAGGCGGGCAGCAGUAUGCCUGGCUGUGGCUAACUUGCAUGUCAAGCGUGUCCGGCCAAUGGAGCACGUUGGCCGUAAACAUACCUGAUUUUACUCGUUACGCAAGGUCUGCCAGGGGUCAAUAUAUCCAACUACCGGCGAUGCCCAUCAUAUUUACGUUGUGUGGCGUUUUGGGUAUCGUGACGACGUCCGCGAGCAAAGUCUUUAGCGGAGACUAUCUCUGGAAUCCCCUGGAUAUCAUAGCAAUUUGGCUGGAUUACGGCUCCGGCGGGCGAUGUGCUGCAUUUUUCGCCGCCCUCGCCUGGUAUAUUGCGCAGGUCGGUACAAAUAUCACCGCCAACUCGAUUUCGGCGGCCAAUGACUUGACCGUCCUUUUCCCCCGCUGGAUCAAUAUCAGGCGUGGCUGUAUUAUCGCCGCGCUUGUUGGAGGUUGGGUGCUGGUGCCGUGGAAGAUCCUCAGCUCUGCGCAGACGUUCCUCGCCUUUAUGAGCGGGUAUGCCGUAUUCCUCGGACCGAUGGCUGGCAUAAUGGCGUCCGACUACUGGCUUGUGAAGAGGGGGCGUAUCGACAUACCCGGCUUAUACAAUCCAGAUGGACGUUAUCGCUACGUCGGCGGAUGCAACUGGCGAGCAGCCGUCGCGUUCAUUGUGCCCGUCGCGCCUCUUCUCCCAGGGCUAGGUCUGAGUAUCAGCGGACCCGAAACUAUUCACAUCAGCGACGGUGCCGCUAACCUCUACACCUUGAACUUCCUGUUCGGAUUCGUGACUUCGAUCGUCAUCUACACGGUGCUAAGCUAUGCCGCUCCAGCAGAAGAGACUUUGUUGAAGGACAUGGUUUGGGGACUGGACGACACCAUGUUGAGAAGGGUCGGGACAACCGCACCACCCGAGAAGAUCAAAGCUUAA